AGUGGCCCAUGUGGAGAAGCAAGAUGGCGGCUCGGUUAAGUGGGGAAGACGGUCAUUUAAACACCGGCAAAAGCGACUUUCUCCUCCACAACACCUCCAACGAGUUUGUCCUGAACAGAAGUCAUGUUGGAGGAGGCAACUUUGACACACCGUCUUGUGUUGAUUGCUCCAUCUUGGCCAUUUUGGAAGACUCUGCUGUUGCGUCAGAGAGUAAGAAUAUUGUGGAUGAGGAAAAUGAGACCAUGCUGUCUGCGCUGACUGAGAUGCUUGACCGGGUGGAGGAAGAUGAAGACAAAUCGUUUUCUCCCUUCGACGUCCUGCCAGACUCCGAGUUCCUCAGUCAAACUGCGUACAGGAACAACAAUGUCUCUAAGGACUUUUCACCCUCUCAGAGACUUCGCUCCAGACCCAAACUACCGACGACUAAUGGAGAAAACUACCAGGGGUAUAAAACAGAAGAAAAUAGUCUUCCACAGAUGUUGAAAACCCAAAAUCAAUUGUUUUGCACAAAAAAUAAGAAAGCAGAGGCUAAAGUUGAGGUUUUCAGCUCGGCGUCUAUCCUCAGCCUGGUGAAUCUCAUGCAUCCUUACUGUCUGAAGCUUCACGUGGAGAAGGAGGACAAAUCGAGGAAAAAACAGUUUCUUUUUUCUCAAGAAGAGGUGUGGAAGUAUGAACAGCCCACCGAGGAGAGCGAUGAAGAAAUAAAUGUUGUAUCUGAUGAAGAGGCACCCGUGAAAGGGACAAAGGAGGAGGACGGGUUGGAGGCAAAGGGAGAUAAAGGUCGGUGCUUGAAGAGCGUGUUGCUGAAUGGAAACUCGUCCAGAGCUGCAUCGACCAGAGAGAGGAAGAGAGUGAGCUUUGGCCCCGUUCACGUGGCUUCGUUCGAUGAAUCGGAGGAAGAGGGGAUCGGUGAGAAAAACCAACUCAGCGGAGACACAAAUGAAACUAAAUCCGAAAGUUUAACCCUUGAACUUCCAACACUGACACCUGACAGAAAAGAUAACGCUGAUGUUGGACAACAGAGCGAUAAGAAAGGUGAGCCGAAAGUGAAGUCCCUCAGCCUCCAGGAGUACAGGCAACUUCGUCAGAAUAGGCGACCCCUGGUGGAGAAACCGGGGGAUUACAUGACCAAGUGGCCCUCUGUCCCCGAGACCCCUAAAGAGCUGACCCCGAUCUUCGGCUUUCAGAGACAGGAACGUAACCUCUGCAGACCAAAGACGACACACCUUGAUCCAGAUCUUCAUAGAAGUGAGAGUUCAUCCCAUCGUGCCUCUUCAUUGCAUCCCUCAGAGUCCAAACGAACUUCUUAUCCGCAUCGCAGCAGACUGAAGUACUCAAGAGCUAAAUCCAAAAUGAUCUCACCUGCCAGUCCACUCCCAGAUAACACAGCUAACCUAAAUCUUGUCCUGAUAGAAGGCAAGAAGAGUCCAAUAAAGCAGCAAACUCUAUUUAAUGUUGAUCCUCCAAAUCCUGUCCUCCUCUCCCUGCCUUCAAAUCCUGCUUCAAACUCCUCGUCUGAGUCCAGAUGCCUACAAGAAAUCCAAAACGACCUCUCCGCUGCACCUUCUCAGGCCAUCACAUUAGACACAGAGCCACUUGUGUCAUCUGUAAACAAAGAAUUUACCACUACACUGUCUCAGGAAAGUAAAGCCAGUCCUACCAAGAUGCCUCCAGAUGUUUCCUCUGGAUCUCCAGUACAAACUGGGUCAGCUCCAUCAUCAGUUAAACCUCCAAAUAGCAGCCCGAGCCACACAAACAGAGUUGAGCCGCUACCUAAGGGUCCUCAGUCAUCAAGUCCAGAUCCAGUCAAAUCUAUAAAGUGUCCCACGCCUCCCAUAGAGACGUCCAUGCUGGUGAAGGAGGAGUCGCCAGAUGUUCUCCAAAUUUCAUCAGGAGAACCGUCACCACCUCAAACUGACUGCAAAGAGCUGAGCGCUGCAGUUGAAUCAGGAAUUGAAGCGUUUGAUCUGACCAGCCUGCUGGAGCAGUUUGAGGAAACACAAGCUGUAGAAGACCAAACUGAGCGCACACUCAUCCCUGGUUCUUUACCUUCAAACUUACAAACGGAUGACCUGAAGAAACCCGAGGCUGCAGGAUCAGAGAGGACCUCUGGGUUUCAGCUCAAACCCCCCGUGGAACCACGUGAACCUUCGAGAACUUCAGGGAGUCUGUUAGACCAGCAAACGGUGGAGCCCGUAAACAUCCCCGAGCCACUCGGCACUGAAAUCGUUGUGAGCUCUCAACAAGAGCUGCUCGCAAGACGACAAAGACCUCCAUCCAAGUCCAUUCGGAUAAUCGACCCGCGCCCCCUCCCAGCCAGGAAGACCCUCAUGAGCCCAGCAGAGACGCCCCCUGCUCACGUGUUUUCAUAUUUACCCUUCGAUCAUGAUUACUGUGGCUCUGUGGGUUAUCCUCCUGCCUUUCAGUGUAGCAGAGCGAAGCCCUCCCCACUUGAAGAAAUGUCUAAGACCCCAACAGAACAGCAGCUGGAGACCCGGGACUCCAACCCCCCCGAGGAAAGUAAAAAACAUGCUUCAGAUGAACAAACUGCGCUGCAGCAGCAGCAACCCUGGACUUGUUCAGAAGCUCUGCCGUUCUCAGACUCAGCCGUCACGAAGGGUGACAACAAAACCCAGAACCCCCCAUCUAUUCUUCCUACACCCCCUCCCAGCCCUCCUGUUAGGGGAAGGGACAAGAGGAGAUACCGAAGAAGAUCUCCACGCUCUGACUCCAGGUCCAGCUCAUCGUCAUCAUCGUCAUCCUCCAGUUGUUCAUCUUGCUCUCCGAAAAGACCGAGGAUCCAUCACCGGCGAUCAGAAAGCAGUUCAUGUUCAUCUUCCUGUGUUUCCUGCUCCCCUCCUCGGCGCUACAGGUUGUCAUAUUCCAGAUUCAGCAGGUCUAGAUCCAGGUCCUGGUCUCGGUCUAGAUCUCCCACACCGUCCUGGUCACCUCCUCCACAGAUACGCCGCAGACUGUGGAGAGAAGUCCGCAGCAGCUCAGAGUCCAGGAGGCUCAGGAAAGAGCAGGAGGUGAUGAAUCAGAAACUUAAAGCCAUAGAUGAACGCAGGGUGGUGUAUGUGGGUCGCAUCCGUCGAACUAUGACCCAAGAUGAACUGAGCGAACGCUUUUCUCAGUUUGGAGAGGUAGAAUGUGUCUCGCUUCACUUUAGAGACAGAGGAGACCACUACGGCUUUGUUACGUUCUACAAUAUGGAAGACGCUUUUGCAGCCAUCGAUAACGGUGGCAAACUACGGAAGCCCGACGAGUUGCCAUUUGACAUCUGCUUUGGUGGACGAAGACAGUUCUGCAGCACAGACUACGCCGAUCUUGACGCUAACAGAGAUGCAGAUCCGUCCCCGUCCAAAAGCCGGUUUGAAGACCUCGACUUUGAUUCGCUGCUGAAACAGGCUCAGAGAGGACAGAAGAGGUAACGAAGCGGAGCAUGAAAUCUGGACCAGGAUCAUGCGACAGACAUUUUUCAUCAACCUCAGGGCAUCAUGCUCACCCUUUAUGUAGCAGUUUAAAUAUUUAUUUUUGUUUAACAAGAUCUGACUUUAUUAAAAUGUCCUUGUU